AUGAAUAAAUCAACAUUUAUCUGGACUUGGAGGUGUGCUGCUGUUAAUAGCCAUCAUUUGUCAAAGAAGGGCUUACAAACUGCACAAACGACGUUACCACCUGAAAAGCGUUACAAAGGAGUAAUUGAUUGUUUCCUUCGUGUUCCGAGAGAACAAGGAAUCCUGUCAUUCUGGAGAGGCAAUUGGGUCAACAUUCUUAGGUCAUGUAGUCAGGAAUCGCUUGGAUUUGCUUUCAAAGAUUUUUUCAAAAUCUGGAGCCUUGGUGGUGUUGACGCUGAGAAAAACCGUUAUCGCUUCUUACUUGGAAACAUCGCCGCCGGUUCUGCUGCUGGUGUCACAACAUUUUGUAUAAUUUAUCCUCUUGAUUUCAUUCGUACGAGAUUGGCUAUCGAUUUGGGGAAAGAGAAGAAGGUAGCCGUGUCUAUUGUACAUAGCCGAAGUCUAUCCAGAAACCGCGAAUUCAGAGGUAUGUAUGACUGCGUAAAGAAGAUAGUUAGGCAUGACGGCAUUUUUGGAAUGUACAAGUGGGUUUUGCUUUGUCUAUCUCUGUUCAUAGGUCUCCUGCCUUCUCUCCAAUAUAUCAUCAUAUACCGAGGUGCUUACUAUGGCCUCUUUGACACUGCGAAACCCUACAUCUCUAAGGAUGGACGGACCCUCGGUUUUUGGCGAGCAUUUGCAGCUGGACAGGUCGUGACAUUUGUGGCAGCAAUGCUUUCUUACCCAUUGGAUACAAUCAGACGACGACUUAUGAUGGGAGCAGGAAAGAAAGAUUUCUUUUAUAAAGGAACACUUGACUGUGCCAGGGUUAGUGUCAAACUCUUUUUUUUCCACCGAUGCUAUUGGAUUAGAUCUUUGUACAUCUACGUUAACGAAGGAAUGAGAGCAUUUUUCCAUGGUGCUAUGAUAAAUGCAAUGCGUGGAACUGGUGCAGCUCUUGUACUUGCUCUCUACAACGAAAUGACGAAAUUUAUGGGAUAA